CACACAUGCACACGUCCACAACGUCCACACGUUCUCCGCCGUGCGUUUUUUUGGUGCUAGUACGCACGCCUCUUACCGUCAAUGGAUAUCGCUCAUGAAACAUAUGUGAGAGCAUAACACAACACAGAGAGUAACGAAGCAGUCGGGUGCCCUUCGCUCUGGCAAGGAUUAUAGUGAUGAACGUAAAGUGUCGGGGGAAGACUCUCGCGUAGUUCUCCAUCAUCAUCGAAGCAUUCCAAACGGACGGCCGUGAAAAAAAAAUCGCUGUGCUAUAGAGAGUUUCAAGCAGAGUCUCACUGUCAGUUCUGCACCUGCACUAGAGCACCUCGGAGUACGUCUCAGGUGUGCGAGAAGGCCUCGAUUCAAGGCAUAUCAGUACACUCAUCAUGUCAAAGAAGACCGAAUCUCCGUUGGAUUUCGAGCUGCACAAUGCGUGCAGGGUUGGAGACCCCGUAUGGGUUCAGCGUGUUUUGGACAGUGGUCGAGUUCAUGUGGAUUGUCAACACGACGAGGAUCAAUUGACUCCAUUGAUGGUGGCCAUUAUGUGUCGAAGGCGGGAUUGUAUCCAGGUCUUAAUCGCCGAAGGUGCCGAUCCAAACGUGGCCAAAGAGAAUGGUCUAACGGCCAUAAUGCUUGCUUCUCAAAUUGGCUUGGAGGACGUUGUUCGGGAUCUCGUUCGUUUGGGCGCCAACGUGGAUGCUACUAAUCAGGAAGGAGGCACGGCUCUGAUGUGUGCCGCACAAUGGGGCUGGCUUCAUAUUGUAGAGGCCUUAAUUGAAGCCAAAUGCAACAUCCACCAAGCCAUGAAGGAUGGCACGACAGCGCUAUUUCUCGCUGCUCAAGCCGGUCAUGACAAGAUCUUGUCAUUGUUGAUAACGGAAUGCCUAAAGAGGAACCGAGACUUGGGCAUCUUCAUUGGAGCACCCCGUCAAGAUGGAUCCUCGCCUUUAUUCAUCGCAUGUCAAUUGGGACACGUUGAGAGUGUCAGGAUCCUGUUGGAGAACGGGGCCGAAGUGGAUCAAAGUCGAUUGGACGACGCGACACCUCUUUUCAAAGCCUGUCACAAGGGCCACCUCCAAAUCGUCCAAGAGCUCCUCAAGUACCAAGCAAAAGUCGGAAUGUUACCAAAUGGAGAGAGCUGCCUUCAUGCCGCGGCCUUGUCAGGCAGCUCGGCCUUAAUCGAAUUUCUUCUCGCUUACAACGACGACCAAGUGGAUCCGAAUCUCUCCAACUCAGAGGGUCGGACCCCAAUGGAUCUUGCAAUCCAAGCCGGAAAUUUCGCCAUUGUCGAGCUCUUAAAGAAACAUACCAACACCAGCCUCAGUGCCACGUGUUCCUCCUCCUCUUCUUCCACUUCCUCUUUGUCCCCUUCAAUGUCAUGCCUCAAAAGAUCAUCCAACAGCACGUUGGAAGAUGGGACAACGGAGAAGUCGACACCCAAGCAACACGUGCGAUUUGAUCUUCAGAAGAUCGAUCAAGAUGGCACCCGAGUCGACCAUCAUCUGGGUUCAGUGGUUCGGGUUCAUUGUCGGAUGGUCUCGAGCGAUGAUUUACGACGUCAAAGCCAAUCUCCCGUUCGAUUUGUGUGGAAAAACUCGCCCUUACGUCAAGCCAGAAGUCAGGAACCGGCUUCGGUUGAGAUUAACUCGGCGGAUUGUUGUAGCGCAGUGCUCACCCAUUAGCAAACCAAGCAGGGUUCGUGGAACAAAAGAACUCUCCAGAGAUUAAGACUCCAAAUCGUUAUCGAGCAAGCAGUUUGGAAACAUCACUUUAGAUAUUAAAAUUCAUGACAGGUCAGGUUCUUCCUGGUGAAUCGGAAAACCAACGCACGCAUUGAAUUUACGAGGUGCUCUCAAAGUCAAAAUGUAUUCGCUUUAUUUUUUUCCUUUUUUUUUUUUU